CACCCUCGAUCAGUCUCAGACGACAUUCCGACAUGAUAGACCCGGUGACAAUCUCGACCAUCAUCUCCAUCAUUGCGUCCCUUGCAGCAACAGCGAGUUCUGCAGGAAAUACUGCGAAAACAGUUGUCGAAACUUUAGAAAAGAAGAAAGGGAACGAAUGGAAACUAAAUGCAGAAUCUAUGAAAGUGCUCGAAGAUUUUAGUUCCCUGAUUGGCAGAUCAUCAUUUCCAGUGUUUGACGGGAGAAAUUAUAUGAUCUGGAGCAUGAAGAUGAAGCAUUUGCUUAAAUCCUUUGAUCUCUGGGACUUGGUGGAAAAAGGGUACAAAGAGAAAGGACGCAACGAUAAGGCUUCAAAGAAAGAUCGGGAGAAGGAUUCCCUGAUUAUCCUGAUUAUCCUGCUAGCAGUUGACGAAUCAGCUGGCCGCUGCCUUGUUAAUGCAAAAAACUCAAAAGAGGCGUGGGAGGCCAUAAAAACGCAAUAUGAAGAGAUGGAGAAUAUCCGUGGUGGUCCUGGUGGUGGCACAUUCGGUGGAGAAGAACCAACUUCUUCCAGGUUUAACCCUAGGAGUGUUGAUGACAUGUUUGCCGAGAUCUCUGAGAUUUUAAGACCCUUUGGAGGAAUAAUGGAUGGUGGUCCUGGGAUGAGAGAUGGAAGGUUUGGUAGUAUGUUUGGUGAUCAUAUGUUUUCCUCCUUUGGCGAAGGUGGUGGUGGAUCAAUGCACCAAUCAGCCCAUAGGAAAGCGCCUCCCAUAGAACAGACAUUACAUUGCAGUCUUGAAGAUCUCUACAAGGGUACCACCAAGAAAUUUAAGGUUUCUAGAGAGAUUAUUGUUGGGAAUGGCAAAAGAAUGCCUGUAGAAGAGAUCCUAACCAUAAAUAUCAAACCCGGUUGGAAGAAAGGUACAAAGAUUACGUUUUCCGAGAAAGGAGAUGAGUAUCCAGGUAUUAUACCGGCAGAUCUUGUGUUCAUAAUUGAUGAGAAACCUCAUAAGUUAUUUACGCGUGAUGGGAAUGACUUGGUUGCCACACUAAAGAUUAAUUUGGUAGAGGCUCCCGGCUACACGGUGCAUCUCACUACGCUGGAUGACAGGAACUUGACUAUCCCUAUCAAAACCACGAUACACCCACACUGUGAGGGAGUUCUUCAAGGGGAAGGUAUGCCCAUCUCUAAAGAUCCAUCAAAGAAGGGAAACUUGAGAAUUAAGUUCGACAUAGAAACUUGAGAAUUAAGUUCGACAUAAAGUUUCCCACAAUUAGGCUAACGCCAAGCCAAAAAGCUGCCAUAAAACAACUAUUGGGAUCUUCUAUCUGCUGAUAGAUGUCCAAGGCUUCACACCAUCCGUGCCCUAUCUCAUUUAAAUCUUGUCGGAGAUUUAUAUAGUAAAUGUAUGUUUGAGUAUUUCAAAAAUGUUUUCAAACUUCAAAAAUACUCCGUAUUUUGGGUGUUGUGAGUUUAGUAGAAAAGAUUAUUAAAGUUAUUUGAUUUUGAUUGGGAAAUGUCUUCCAAGUUAAUUAGAAAAAGAGUUUUAAAA